AAUCGACGUUGUACCACCACUAUUUCAAGUGACACGUCGGAAACACUCCGUGUAAAUUGAGAAAUAUUACGAAAAUUAAGGAAAUCCGGCCACGAAACGCACCAAUUCUGCGGCCCCACUGAACCCGCUAUUGUGCCACCAGCCUUGGACAGCCAGAAACCGCCACAAUGACGUCGCAAGUGCCGUGCUACACGAUUAUCAACUCGCCGGACAUGGAGGUGCCGAACGAGAUGCAGCUGAAGCAGGAGCUGGAAAAGGGCGACACGAACGUAAAGAUCGAGACGCUGAAGAAGGUGAUCAAGCUGCUGCUGAACGGGGAACGCUAUCCGGGCCUGAUCAUGACCAUUAUCCGGUUCGUGCUGCCCGUGCAGAAUCAUACGGUGAAGAAGCUGCUGCUGAUCUUCUGGGAGGUUGUGCCGAAGACCUCGGCGGACGGGAAGCUGCUGCAGGAGAUGAUCCUGGUGUGCGAUGCCUACCGCAAGGAUCUGCAGCAUCCCAAUGAGUUCCUGCGCGGUUCCACGCUGCGCUUCCUGUGCAAACUCAAGGAGCCGGAGCUCCUAGAGCCGCUGAUGCCGGCCAUCCGUGCCUGCUUGGACCACCGUCACUCGUAUGUGCGGCGCAACGCCGUUCUGGCCAUCUUUACCAUCUACAAGAACUUCGACUGGCUGGUUCCCGAUGGGCCGGAGCUGAUCGCCAGCUUCUUGGACACGCAGCAGGACAUGAGCUGCAAGCGCAACGCCUUCCUCAUGCUGCUGCACGCCGACCAGGAGCGGGCGCUCAACUACCUGGCCUCGUGCAUCGACCAAGUGCACAGCUUCGGCGACAUCCUGCAGCUGGUGAUCGUGGAGCUCAUCUACAAGGUGUGCCACGCCAAUCCGGCCGAGCGUUCGCGCUUCAUCCGCUGCAUCUACAACCUGUUGAACUCCAGCUCGAAUGCGGUGCGCUAUGAGUCCGCCGGCACACUGAUCACGCUAUCGCUGGCUCCUACUGCCAUAAAGGCGGCGGCCAGCUGCUACAUCGAGCUGGUGGUCAAGGAGAGCGACAAUAAUGUAAAGCUGAUUGUCUUGGAUCGCCUGGUGGCAAUGAAGGAGCACGAGGGCAUGGAGAAGGUCAUGCAGGACCUGGUAAUGGACGUCCUCAGAGUGCUGGCCGCUCCAGACAUUGAGGUCCGUCGCAAGACCCUCGCCUUGGCCCUGGACCUGGUCUACUCCCGCAACAUUGGCGAAAUGGUAUUGGUACUGAAGAAGGAGGUGGCCAAGACGCACAAUGUGGAGCACGAGGACACCGGAAAGUAUCGACAGCUGCUUGUCCGCACGCUGCACACCUGCUCGAUCAAGUUCCCCGAUGUGGCGGCCACUGUUAUACCCGUGCUGGUGGAGUUCCUCUCGGACACCAAUGAGCUGGCUGCCGCUGAUGUGUUGAUCUUUAUCCGCGAGGCCAUCCAGAAGUUCCCCGCCCUGCGCGCCCUCAUCAUUGAGAAUCUGAUUGAGGCCUUCCCCCAGAUCAAGUCGUCGAAAAUUCAUCGUGCCGCUGUUUGGAUAUUGGGCGAGUACGUUGAGGGACCGCAGAUACUCGAGGUGAUUGCCGCCAUUCAGCAGACGCUGGGCGAUGUGCCCAUGGUGGAGGCAGAGCAGCGUCGCCUAACCGGCGAACAGAGCAACGAGGAGCAGCAGCAGGGCAAUGCCAACUCAGCUGGCGAUGGUUCGGCCACACAGGGAUCGGGAAAUGCCAGCAACAAGGUCACCUCCGAUGGAACCUAUGCCACCCAAAGCGCCUACAGUCUGGCCCCUGUGGCCAAGGCCGAGAAGCGUCCGCCGCUGCGUCAAUAUCUGAUGGAUGGUGACUUCUUCAUCGGCGCUGCUUUAUCCGCCACUCUGACCAAACUCGCUCUGCGCUAUGGGGAUCUAGAGCCAGAGGCCCGGGCCCAGAACCGCCUGACCACGCAAGUGAUGCUGAUCAUGAGCUCUAUUCUGCAUCUGGGCAAGUCUGGAUUCCCCAGCAAGCCGAUUACCAACGAUGACACCGAUCGCAUCUUUGUCUGCCUGCGUGCUCUAAGCGAACGCACGCCGGAGGCGGUGUCCGUGUUCACGCAAUAUUGCCGCGAGGCUUUGGGUAAAAUGCUGGACGCACAGGCCGAUGAGGAUCAACGAGUGCUGAAGGAGAAGCAACGGGCCACCGCCAAGGUACAGCCGGACGAUCCGGUUCUCUUUGCCCAGCUUUCCAAUGGACGCGACAACCAGCUGGGCGAGAAUGUGUUCGAAUCCAGUCUCAAUCAGGCGCUGGCCGGCAACAAGACCGCCCAGCAGCUGAGCGACGUGGCCUCGCCGAACAGCAAGCUCAACAAGGUCACACAGCUGACGGGCUUCUCGGAUCCCGUCUACGCCGAGGCCUAUGUCAAUGUUAACCAAUACGACAUCGUGUUGGAUGUGCUCAUUGUUAACCAGACCAAUGACACGUUGCAGAAUUGCACCCUGGAGCUGGCCACGCUGGGCGACCUGAAGCUGGUGGAACGACCGCAUCCUGUGGUUCUCGCUCCGCAUGACUUCUGCAACAUCAAGGCCAACGUGAAGGUCUCCUCCACGGAGAAUGGCAUCAUCUUUGGCAAUAUUGUUUACGACACCGCCCUGAAUACCAACGUGGUGGUGCUCAAUACCAUUCAUAUCGACAUCAUGGACUACAUCAUUCCGGCCAGCUGCACGGACACCGAGUUCCGGCAGAUGUGGCAGGACUUUGAGUGGGAGAACAAGGUGACGGUCAAUACCAGCUUCACCGAUCUGCACGAGUAUCUCAGGCAUCUGCUGAAGAGCACCAACAUGAAGUGCCUGACGCCGGAAAAGGCGCUGUCCGGGCAAUGUGGCUUCAUGGCCGCCAAUAUGUAUGCCAAGUCCAUUUUCGGAGAAAAUGCCUUGGCCAAUCUGAGUAUCGAAAAACCCGUGGAUGAUCCCGAUUCCAAGGUGACAGGACACAUACGCAUUCGCGCCAAAAGCCAGGGCAUGGCCCUGAGUUUGGGCGACAAAAUCAGCUCCUCGCAGAAGCAGUCGGUGCAGGCGGCCUAGUGGACGUGGAACUGGACGUGGACGACCAGCCACCGCCAAGAGCGACGUAUCUAGACGACGUAUUUCGGCCACCCGCCCGCAUUCCGCCAGCCGCAAUUCUUCAAUUUACAUUACACGUUACACACACACUUAUGCAAAAUGAAUAUAUAUUAUACCUUAACCCAA